CGGAGCUCAGAAACUGCCAGCCGAGAUCACAAGCAUUGGGGCUGAAGCAGGAGGCAGGAUGGACUGAGAGGAGAAGAGGCAGGUUAGAGGGAGAGAGGCUUGCAAAGGAAACAGCAGAAAAGAAAUCGCUGGUUGUGUUCACGGCAAAGCAAGAACCAGUGAAGUUGAGAACAGACACAAGACUAUGAAAGCCAAGAGAUGCAAAGAGAGACAGAGGGAAGAAAAUGACAAGAGGAAUGUCCAUCCGGAGAAAUGAAGAGAAUGAAAGUUUUAUGCUGCAGAACGGCUCCGUGUUUUUCCGGCAAAAAAAUUUCUCGCUGUCUUUAACCCCGCUCGCGUUUGCCAGCCGUUGAUAUCAAGAGGCAUGUUCAGUGGUGCCGGCAGCAUCUCCUCUUCCUUCUUUUCCUCUUCAUCUUCCUCCUUCUCCUCUUCUUCCUCCUCCACAUUCUCCUCCCAUCAGCAGGAAGACAAACCUAGGACAGUCUUGAAAUAUCGAAAUUUCCUCCUUGGGAUUUGCCAGCGCCGCGUUGCGCCAACACUGUCGGAAUAAAGGAGGCUGACUAUUGUAUGAUCGUUAUUUUAUUAAUUGGUCAGUGGGAAGAUUACGGCUGAGCAUAGGGGACAUCUGUCACCCUUUCUGCGCUAAGAUUGAAAAAUGAGGCUGGAUUGGGAGACUCUCUAAAAUGAAGCAAAAGGAAUCAAAAUUUUAAUACAGCCACAGAAGCCCCCCCCCCCACGCAGCACACUUUUAUUUAUAUAUUUUUUAGAUUAUUAUUAUUAUUUUUUUUGGUGGUUGGGGGGAGGUGAUCGGGUGGCUGACUGGCUACGGGGAAGCUGCUUCCUUUUCCUUUUGGAAAUGAUUGUGCUGUUAUUCUUUGCCUUGCUCUGGAUGGUGGACGGAGUCUUUUCCCAGCUUCAUUAUACUGUGCAGGAGGAGCAGGAACAUGGCACUUUCGUGGGGAAUAUCGCCGAAGACCUGGGCUUGGACAUUACAAAACUUUCAGCUCGCAGGUUUCAGACGGUGGCCAACUCACGGACCCCUUACUUGGACCUCAAUCUGGAGACCGGGGUUCUGUACGUAAACGAAAAGAUAGAUCGCGAGCAGAUCUGCAAGCAGAGCCCCUCUUGUGUCCUGCACCUGGAGGUCUUUCUGGAGAACCCGCUGGAGCUGUUCCGAGUGGAGAUCGAGGUGCUGGACAUCAAUGACAACCCUCCCUCCUUCCCAGAGCCCGACCUAACAGUGGAGAUCUCAGAGAGCGCCACGCCAGGCACCCGCUUUCCCUUAGAGAGCGCCUUCGACCCAGACGUGGGGACCAACUCCUUGCGAGACUAUGAGAUAACCCCAAAUAGCUACUUCUCGCUAGACGUACAAACCCAGGGAGAUGGCAACCGAUUCGCAGAGCUGGUCCUGGAGAAGCCACUGGACCGAGAACAGCAAGCGGUGCACCGCUACGUGCUGACCGCGGUGGACGGGGGAGGAGGGGGAGGAGGAGGGGAAGGAGGGGGAGGCGGCGGGGGAGCCGGCCUGCCCCCCCAGCAGCAGCGUACUGGCACGGCCUUGCUCACCAUCCGAGUGCUCGACUCCAACGACAAUGUGCCCGCAUUUGACCAACCCGUCUACACUGUUUCCCUACCAGAGAAUUCUCCCCCUGGCACGCUAGUGAUCCAGCUUAAUGCCACCGACCCUGAUGAAGGCCAGAAUGGCGAGGUCGUGUACUCGUUCAGUAGUCACAUUUCACCCAGGGCUCGGGAGCUCUUCGGACUGUCGCCGCGCACCGGCCGGCUAGAGGUGAGCGGCGAGCUGGACUAUGAAGAGAGCCCAGUGUACCAGGUGUAUGUCCAAGCCAAGGACUUGGGUCCCAAUGCUGUGCCUGCGCACUGCAAGGUUCUGGUGAGAGUGCUGGAUGCCAAUGACAACGCACCAGAGAUCAGCUUCAGCACAGUGAAAGAGGCGGUGAGCGAGGGUGCGGCCCCUGGCACGGUGGUGGCUCUGUUCAGCGUGACCGAUCGGGACUCAGAGGAGAAUGGGCAGGUGCAGUGUGAGCUUCUGGGAGACGUGCCGUUCCGCCUCAAGUCUUCCUUCAAGAAUUACUACACUAUCGUGACCGAAGCCCCCUUGGAUCGAGAGGCUGGGGACUCCUACACCCUGACCGUGGUGGCCCGCGACCGGGGCGAGCCUGCACUCUCCACCAGUAAGUCGAUCCAGGUUCAAGUGUCAGAUGUGAAUGACAAUGCGCCGCGCUUCAGCCAGCCGGUCUACGACGUGUAUGUGACAGAAAACAAUGUGCCUGGUGCCUACAUUUACGCGGUGAGCGCCACGGACCGCGACGAAGGGGCCAAUGCAAAAUUAACCUACUCUAUCCUAGAGUGCCAGAUCCAAGGAAUGAGUGUCUUCACCUACGUGUCCAUCAACUCAGACAACGGCUACUUGUACGCCCUGAGAUCCUUCGACUAUGAGCAGAUCAAGGACUUCAGCUUUCAAGUGGAAGCCCGGGACGCCGGCAGUCCCCAGGCGCUGGCUGGCAAUGCCACCGUCAACAUCUUGAUAGUGGAUCAGAACGACAACGCCCCCGCCAUCGUGGCGCCCCUUCCGGGGCGCAACGGGACUCCAGCCCGCGAGGUGCUGCCGCGCUCUGCUGAACCCGGCUACCUGCUCACUCGUGUGGCCGCAGUGGACGCGGACGACGGCGAGAACGCCAGGCUCACCUACAGCAUAGUGCGGGGCAACGAAAUGAACCUCUUUCGACUGGACUGGCGCACCGGAGAGCUCCGCACCGCGCGCCGGGUCCCAGCCAAGCGCGACCCCCAGCGGCCUUAUGAGCUGGUGAUCGAGGUGCGCGACCACGGGCAGCCGCCCCUGUCCUCCACAGCCACCCUGGUGGUUCAGCUGGUGGAUGGAGCGGUGGAGCCCCAGGGCGGGGGCGGGGACCGAAGCGGAGGGUCCGGGGAGCACCUGCGUCCCAGCCGCUCUGGUGGCGGGGAAACUUCACUGGACCUCACACUCAUCCUCAUCAUCGCCCUGGGCUCGGUGUCCUUCAUCUUCCUGCUGGCCAUGAUCGUGUUGGCCGUGCGCUGUCAGAAAGAGAAAAAACUCAACAUCUACACGUGUCUGGCGAGCGAUUGCUGCCUCUGCUGCUGCUGCUGCGGCAAUGGAAGCUCCACCUGCUGCGGCCGCCAAGCCCGGGCGCGCAAGAAGAAACUCAGCAAGUCAGACAUCAUGUUGGUGCAGAGCGCCAAUGUCCCUAGCAACCCGACCCAGGUGCCGGUAGAGGAGUCCGGAGGCUUCGGUUCCCAUCACCACAAUCAGAACUAUUGCUAUCAGGUCUGCCUCACCCCGGAGUCCGCCAAGACCGACCUGAUGUUCCUGAAGCCCUGCAGCCCUUCCCGGAGUACAGAUGCUGAGCACAAUCCCUGUGGAGCCAUCGUCACCGGGUACAGCGACCAGCAACCAGACAUCAUUUCCAACGGAAGCAUUUUGUCCAACGAGAAUAAACACCAGCGAGCAGAGCUCAGCUAUCUAGUUGACAGACCUCGCCGAGUUAACAGUUCUGCAUUCCAGGAAGCUGACAUAGUAAGCUCUAAGGACAGCGGUCAUGGAGACAGUGAACAGGGAGACAGUGAUCAUGACGUCACCAACCGUGGCCAGUCAGCUGGUAUGGAUCUUUUCUCCAACUGCACUGAGGAAUGUAAAGCGCUGGGCCACUCUGACCGAUGCUGGAUGCCUUCUUUUGUCCCUUCGGAUGGACGCCAGGCUGCAGAUUACCGCAGCAACCUGCAUGUCCCCGGCAUGGACUCUGUUCCAGACACCGAGGUCUUUGAACCUCCGGAAGUCCAGCCUGGGGCAGAGCGUUCCUUCUCCACUUUCGGCAAAGAGAAGGCUCUGCACGGAACCCUGGAAAGGAAGGAGCUGGAUGGGUUGCUGUCUAAUACACGAGCGCCUUACAAACCACCAUAUUUGAAAAUGCUGUGGAUGCAGCUGCGUGGAGAGGCUCAUUUGACGAACGAUGGAGGCAAGCAACCAACCACAUGACUGAACUCAGAAGCCUAUUCUCAACUUGAGCUUUCCGAGGAGACUGCGCCCAGCCAACAGCUAGACUGAAAAUCUGGGAGACUUCAGCCAGGCACUAACUGAGCUGCACUAAUUCCAAACCACACAAACUGUGAGAUAAAUAUGGGAGGAUUACACUGCUCUCUUCUUGGGAGUCUCGUUUAGCAACACUAGAUAGCUAAUAUAAUAGAUUACUGAGAAACUCAUUGUCUGCUACAGUAAUAUAAGCACUGACUUCUCUCAUGUGAUGUGGCUAUUUUUCCAAACAACAUAUAUGAUGUGCACUUGCUGUUUCUUUGCUUUGCUCUUCAACUGUCACUUCAAUUUCACCCCUUAUCACUUUACACACACACACACACACACACACACACACACACCACAAUCCCCACCAUUUUCUGUAUUAAUAUAUUGGCUUAAAAAAAUAAAAAUGUUCUCAUCAAAUGAAAUAUGCAUUAACUCUGGUGACUUUCAGUUGUGGGAAUUACUUCUAAUUUUCUUCUUUGAAAGCGUAUGCUUUUCUAUAAAACCCUCUGUAGGACAUAUAGCCUUUUAUAUGCAGAUUGGUAUAAUUACACUUUGAAAUAUCUUUGAAUUCCCUGUAGCUUAAACUGAGAACAUGAAAGGCUAAAUGUUAUAUUGAACUGAAGGAUAUAAAGGUGCGUGUACAUCAAUCCAAAAAUGAGAUAUAGAAAUGAACCUCUCUACAUAGCACUGCCCAUUCUAACAGAUGUUGAAGAAUCUUUAACUGCAGAGACUGUCUUUCCUAGCAGUCUAAUCCUACUGGGAAUGGCUUUAUCCGUUCCUAUUUGUUAUUCUUUUAGUACCAAAGUGUGAAUGCCUGUGACAUGAAACAAGAGAUCCAGUGUAACAAGAGCUUUACCUAUUUCCAGAACAAUCCAUCAUAAAACGGAGUGUUAUAAGGAAGGAAUUUUCUACCCAAACUCUCAUGCCAGAGGGGAUGGAAAUCACACUUCAUGAAGUCAAUAGAAAAGUCCCAUGGCAACAGCAAACCUUUCCAGAUCUCAACCACAAACAGAGGGUUCUCUUCCACUGGGAGCGUGUCCAGGCCCAGUACCAGAUACAUCCAGAGUAUGUAGAUGGCUGUAGAGAUGGCUUACCAAUUUAGAACAUUUAAUGCUAUUGCAGAGGACUGGAAUUCAGUUCCCAGUGGACAUGGAAGGAACAACUAUUCCUAGUUCAAAGUUCAAGGGAUCAUAGACACAGAAAUUUAAAUGAAUGUAGUUUUUUUUAGAAGAGUAUUUAAAGUACCUUCAUUCUUUAUUGCCAACAAUGGGAAGUAAGAGAAGCUAGUGUGUCUGUGUAAAGUCAAAACUUGCCAUCAACAUUUAACUUAUUAAGAACAGAUUCCAUGCAACUAACUUUAUUUCAAGAGUGUGUGCUGUUAAUGUUCAAUAUGCUGUAAUUAUCCUAACUGCUUUCAGUUAAAUGGAUCUCAUAAUUAGUCUUUUCAAACUAGGUGUACAUAAAAAAAAACCUCCUUUUUUAAUGUAAAAAGCAUGCCUUCUCACAAAAUUAUAUUUUAUAUAAAUUAAAAGAAAAAAAAAGACCCAAAAUGGUUAACCAAAGAAAAAUUUAGUUUAAGGGAAAAUUCCCUAAAUUCUGGUGUUCUGCAGAAUGAAGAGAUACUAAUUAGUUACAAUUGAAAUAAAAAAUUAUGAAUACUCAGAAACCAAUCACAAUUCAUAGAGAACUGUGGAGGCCAUGGAAUGUGAUGGUCAUGUUUGCAACCGAGGCUAGGGAGCUUCCCCAUUUUUGACAUCUUUCAAAACCUGACACUUAUUAAUCUUCAAAAUAUGGAAGGGGGAAAUGAUGAUAAUUUAAGCUGUGUAAUUGAAGAAAACAAAGUUGCCAAUUUGCAUGGAAUCUGUCGUUUUAAAAACACAACAUUCAUUUUAAAUCUUUUCUCUUGUUUUUUCUUUUUUAAUAAAUCAUUCCAUUUGUGUCCCAUAAGUUUGGGUAUGUUGUACCUUUAUUUUCAUUAAAUUCUAAAAAAUCUUUAAUUUCUUUCUUUAUUUCUUCCUUGACCAAGUUAUCGUUGAGUAGAGCAUUGUCCAGCUUCUAUGUAUAUUUGAGCUUUCUGGUGUUUUUGUUACUAUUGAGGACCAGCCUUAAUCUGAUAGAAGGCAUCAGGCCUGAGGAUGUUCAAUGCCCAAGUGUAGGGGUGUACCAAGUUGGGAGGAUGGGAGUUAGUGGGUGGUUGAGCACCCUCAUAGGGGCAGGGGAAGGGGGAACGAGAUAGGGGGUUUCUGAAGGGGAGAUCUAGAAAGGGGAAAACAUUUAAAAUAAAAUAAAUAAAAUAAAAUAUUCAAGAAAAAAUACCAUUCCAUUUGUUUACAUCGCAGAUGAUAUCUCACUUCCUGGUUACCCCUCCACAAACUCCCAUCUCACAUCUGCCCUCUGCUCCCUCCUCUUUGCCUUUAUGAUGGUGUUCCCACCCACCCUCUUCUGCCCCACUGCUCCAGCACUCCCCUAUACACUUCUAGGUUGAUGAUCUAGUCUCUGGGAACACUGGGUCUGGCCAGCCAAUGCUGUUCUUCCUAUGGGGUUGCAAUACCCCUCUGCUCCUCCAGUUCCUCCCAUCAGGGUCCUUGAGCUCAGUCUGAUGGUUGGCUCAAAGCAUCCACAUCUCAUUAUUUUUUUUUUAAGAUUUAUUUAUGUAUACGAGCAUGCUGUUCCUGACACACCAGGAGAGGGCACUGGAUACAAUUAUAUGUGGUUGUGAGUACCAUAUGGUUUCUGGGAAUUGAACUCAUGACUUCUGGAAGAGUAGCCAGUGUUCUUAAUCACUGAGCCAUCUCUCUUGCCCCCAAAUACAACAUUCUAAAAUGUGUUUUUUCCCCUGGGAAAAAUGACGAAAAUUUGAAAAUUCAAAUGUUUCAGGAAGAUUCUACCAAAUUAAUUCAUGUAAAGCAUUAGAACCACCAUUGAUAACCAACUGAACAAGUCGGAAAUAGACAAUGUACAAAGAUGCUAAGUUUGCCUAAUCACUCCCUAUACUGCUUGAAAACCAUGUGU